CCUUCCUUCACUACACCACUUUAUUCCUCUUCCCUUACUUCGCACCCAGCUCGCCUCAUUCACAUUACCGAAAUAUGCCACCCAAACGCAAAGCCGCCGCAUCCUCUUCCGCGCCGAAAGAGAAACAAUCCAAACUAGCGAAAGAGCACAACAUAUCGGCGCGCGAAGAACGCGAGAUCAAGGAAGCGUUCGCGUUGUUCGCGGAGCCUAUGGAGGGCGAGAAAGAUGGUGUUAUACCGACUAAGGAUGUGCGACGCGCCAUGAUCGCCUUGGGUAUACCUCCGACGAAACCCGAACUCACAGAAUUCCUCGAGAUUCUCGACCCCGACGACGAGGGGUACACGUCCUACGAGCCGUUUGUAGCUAUCUGCGCUUUGAAACUACAUGCCAAAGACGAUAGCGGUGGCCCGGGGUCCGACGAAGUAGAUGAAGCGUUUAGGUUAUUCACGGGGAGUACAGGUGGACAGGGAACUCUGACGCUGGCGCAUCUCAAGCGCGUGGCUAUGACGUUGAAACAGGAUGUUGAUGAGCAAUUGCUGAAAGAUAUGAUACUUGAGGCAAAUGGAGGCGCGGGGAUCGGGAAGGGUGUCUCGAGGGCGGAGUUUGAGGGUGUUAUGAGGCGGGCUGGAGCUUGGAAAUGAGAGUGAAGUGGGUAGAACGCUGUUUCCUCGUGGACUUCUCAUCUUAUAAAACGCGUUUACGGGCUGGUGCUUAACUGAGUACUUAUGUCUUGGUAGCCGGACGUACGUAUUCGUCACUUCACGCGGCAAAGAAUGAGACGGAUAUCACUACUCAUCGGCUUGCCAUUAGACCGGUUUAUGGGGCGAAUAGGGUUUCUCCCUUGGAGUCAUAACCUUAUCAUAAUGAGACUAAAGGCGGUUUUAAGCUUGUAACCCAGUUUCUCACUAACAACAGUCACCAAAUGAAUGAUCAAUCGUUGUAAAGCAGAGAUACUGGGGUUGUUGCAGGAUGAUAAUCAAGUGGCGCGUUUAGAUUUAAGUCAUAUCAACUCUACGCUUGCUACAAUAUAGUAACUUAGGGGCUUAUGACGCGGUCGAGGCCAGGAGCCAGUAGUUGGCCAUGAUUCGACCUGAAAACAAUCGAUUAUACAUUUGGGCUGAAUAUCUUUUAAAUAUACAUGAGAUCACAUACUACAAUCCAAGAAAUUUCAUUACCAGUU